UCCAAGGCCGCACUCUUCCGUCACCAAUUCCGUCUGCCAGACUCGCAGAACCCGCUGUACGAGAUCACUGCCGAGUUGACCCUGCCUCCCAAGGCCGCUUCCUUGUCCAAGUCGCCAUCCGAUACACCACGCAAGAGUCACGAGCGCAGCAAUUGGGACCGUGAGCGUGGAAACCACUACGUCGGUCGCUUACACUUGUCCGAGAAGUUCCUGUGUUUCUCCACUCAGAACUCGAGCUUCUCUCCCACCGCGAGUACCUCGCUGUCUACUGCCUUUACAGGUCAGACCAAUGGUGCAGGUCCUGCUGGCAAUGGCUUCACCCUUCCGCUAUGUGCCGUGCGCCGUGUCGAGCGUCUGCAUAGCCAGAGCUACAUGUUCGCCUUGUCCAUCACUACUUGGAACGGCUAUCCCGCCCCCGACGAGAAAAACACAAAACACACUGGCAAGACGGCGCCGCCAGCACCAAAGCUCACAAUCCAGCUGGCUGGCAGUAGAGUACAGUGCGAGAAGUUCUGUGACAUGCUGAAGAAAGGUCUGCGUGAGGGUAUGCGCGAAGUCGAUGGCAUGCGCAAGGUCGUAGGAGAGUGCUACUCGGAGUUUAUGCUGGCUGCUGAGGCCAAGCGCCGCACUGAGAAAGACGCUCCUUCCGAAAAGUUGGUCGAUGAUCAGAAUCCGGAAGAUCAGCUGAAGCCUCCGGAUGCCGGUCUGGGCAUGCAGUUCCGCUAUCCUGGUGAUCCCAAGAAGCUCAGAGACAAGGGCAAGAUGAGAUUGUGGUACGAGUAUUUACGAGAAAAUGGUCGCAAUGCUACGCUCGUCAGACAGCCAGAUCUGCCUCGACUUGUCAGAAUCGGUCUACCAAACCGUCUACGCGGUGAAGUGUGGGAGCUCACAUCUGGAUCUUUCUAUCUCCGGAUGCAGCAACCGAAACUGUACCAGGACACAUUAGCAAAAUUCGAGGGUCAACAAUCGCUUGCUAUCGACGAGAUCGAAAAGGACCUGAAUCGCAGUUUGCCUGAGUAUCCUGGUUUCCAGAGCGAAGAGGGCAUUGGUCGUCUGCGCCGUGUUCUUACCGCCUACAGCUGGACCAAUGUGGAAGUCGGCUACUGUCAAGCUAUGAACAUUGUCGUUGCCGCUCUCCUCAUCUACCUUUCCGAAACCCAGGCUUUUUACCUCCUCUCAGUCCUCUGUGAUCGACUUCUACCAGGAUACUAUUCACAAACCAUGUACGGUACUCUUUUGGAUCAACGAGUCUUCGAAUCGCUUGUUGAGAGGACUCUUCCCAUUCUUUCCGAGCAUCUCGCCAAGUCAGAUGUUCAACUAUCUGUCGUCUCCUUGCCCUGGUUCCUUUCGCUCUAUAUCAAUUCAAUGCCUUUGAUGUUUGCGUUCCGAGUUCUUGAUGUUUUCUUCCUCGAGGGUCCCAAGGUCUUAUUCCAGAUUGGUUUGGCUAUCCUCAGAGUCAAUGGUGAGGAGCUUUUGGAUGCCGCAGACGACGGUACCUUCAUUUCAGUCCUCAAGUCAUACUUUGCUCGUCUCGGCGAGUCAGCUCACCCCAAGUCUGAGAACCCCAAGUUGAGAGCUGUCACCAAUUUCCAAGCCUUGAUGGUCGUCGCUUUCAAGGAGUUCUCUGGCAUCACUCAACAAAGUAUUUCUGACUUGAGAGCCAAGCACAAGGAUGCUGUCCUAGACAACAUCGAGUCCUUCGCAAAGCGUACCUCUAUCAGAAAUCUUGGCCCUGAAAGCAAGAAGCUGAGUACUAGCGAUCUUGGUUUCUUGUAUGAUCGUUUCUAUGGUGUGCUUUAUGAAAGACAACAAAGAAUGGAGAUGAUUCAACAAGAACAAGAGCGCAGAGCAAAGGCUGCCAAAACAAAGGCUGCUGAGAUUGUUAGCGGCAUCCCCAGCAAUGUCGAGAAAGGCAGAGUCGGACUCGGUCCUAGCCCUACAGAAAUGGACUACGACAGCUUCAGAGAGUUCUUGGCUGGUCUUGCCAAAUGGGCUGUUACAGACUCGCCUAGCUCGCCCGCUAAGCAAGAGUCCGAGAAGAAUGGUGGCUACUUCGCAAACACUUUCCGCGCCCGCUCUAUCUCUUUAUCACCCUGGGGUUCUGGUCCAGAGCCUGCCGAGCAUGAGUUCUUGCAGCGUCUUUUCAAGUCUUGGGACACAGACGACGCAAAAGCUCUCAGCUUACAGAAGGUUGUCGCUGGAUUCGCUCGCAUCAAGGGUCCUCGCGACAUCAUGUCCAACAUUAGCUAUUUCUUUGAUCUUUACGACGAUGACAAAGACGGCAAGGUUGACAGAGAAGGUAUCUUGCGCAUUUCAGAAGCUUUGCUAUUCUUGUCAAGGCGGGGCGUGACCGGAUCUGUCACGCCGUCUGUAUCUUCUACCAACCUUGCUGCUCAGGCCGAGAUCGGGCCUGACGGUAUGCCAUUGAGAGGCGUAAACAAGGAUGAGCAGUUCUUGAGUAGUAUUUCAGCUUUCAUUCGAAGAUGCUUUGAGUAUGCCGAUCCAGAUCAAUCGCCAGCAACUACACCAUCUGCUGAGGUCACUGCAAACACCGAGAAGGAGUCAGAGGACUCAACUUCCGCCGUAGCAGACAACCUAAGCUCCUUCAGUAUCGGAGACGAUGAAGAUGAUGAGGAUGGCGAAGAGGAUCUGCUUCAAUUGAGCGACGAAAAACCGAAAGACAAAGAUACAAAGACGGAAGAAUCGCCAGCAGUAGUGCCAGCCAUCACCAAGACUCCAGUCACACCAGUCACCAAUAAGCCCUUCGAUUUUGGCCAAACGACACCGAAUCGUAACGCAGCUGCCAACAAGGCACUCGAUCCCAACCACCCUCUCUUCAUUACGCUCCCAACCUUCCGCAUGCUUAUUCUUGCGGACGAAGCUCUCGAGAACUUUUUCGACUCUGGCUUCCCCAACUCUUUCCAUCUCGCCGACGCACCCUUACCUGCUGGCACCGUCUCCACAGCCAACCUCACGACUUUCAGCAAUCUUCCCGCCAAAGUCAACCUACCCAUCCUCAGUCCCGGCGGCCCUGGCGCUGGCGUCAUGGCACCAGGAAAGGGCCUUCGCGGUAUGCUGGACAACAUUGUCACCGAUGGCAUGCGUGUAGCCGCCGAAGUACGCCGCAGAAUGGACGAAGCUCAAAAGGAAAUCGACCGUGGAGGUUCAACUCGUGGCACAGAGUCUGACGACGAGGAAGAAGAUGAA